UAUUUUCACAUCCGUUCAGCAGCGGACAUACAACGAGUCUGCUCUAGUUGCGCGUGAGAAAGACGUUCUGGAGAACUCGAAGGAUAGCGCUGUCAUUGCCGCACGGGAGCGGCAGACCGAGUUGAAGGAGCUUCUUUUCCUGUGUCGGCAACUGGGAAACCUCAACUUCAUUAUCGCGUGCCUGGACCAACCGACCGGAGGCGCGAUGCUUCCAGCGGCAUUGCUGGACGCCAUAAACGGCUCCGGAAAACAAGGAGGUAG